AAUUCCAAAUUUGCAACCCACAUGUUGCAUACUUGCAUUAUUAGCAAGUUCCAUUUUAUUAAAUAAUUUAAUCAUAAAAAUAAAAAAUAAAUUCCUCCCCUUCUCUCUUAUUACUCCGUAACAAUAGCUCCACCCUAAUACAGUAAUACAGUAAUCAGUUAUUCACACAUAGACAAGACACAUCCACUUUAUUUCCUCCACAGUCCACACCCACCCAUCUCCAUCAAACCAACCACUGUCUCUCACUACCGACACUCCCAUUUCACCCUUGUUCAUCAUCCUUCAACUUCAACUUCACCACCACCACCACCACCACCUCCACUCUCCAUCCUUCCUCCCCCAGAUCUCUCCUGAGUCCUGACGCCGUCGAGCAAGCUGAAAAACCCAGUGAUCAAAUCCAUAAACAAUAACACCUCCCAUUCCAAAGAACGAGCUGAAAAGGCUAAUCAAGUCGAAUCCAUACACAACUCACUCAGCCCGCUUUCAUCGCGGAGGAGAGCAAGCUGAAUAACCAACCCACAAUACACAAAAUAUGUAUGGGAGGGAUCCAUGGGGAGGACCCCUAGAAAUAGCUGCAGAUUCCGCCACAGAUGAUGAUCGAAGUAGGAAUCUUCAAGAUUACGACAAAGGUGCGUUAUCUUCACGGCAGCUAGACGAGACGCAGCAGAGCUGGCUUCUGGGUCCUACCGAGCAAAAGAAGAAGAAGAAGUAUGUGGAUCUUGGCUGUAUCAUUAUUAGUCGUAAGAUCUUUCUUUGGACUGUUGGCUCUAUCUUAGCCGUUGGUUUGCUCGUCGGAUUGAUUGCUUUGAUUGUUAAACUUGCACCGCGCCGUCACCAUGCUGCUCCCCCACCGGAUAAUUAUACUCAGGCUCUUCAUAAGGGUCUUAUGUUCUUCAAUGCUCAAAGAUCGGGGAAAUUGCCUAAGCACAACAACGUUUCGUGGAGGGGUAAUUCGUGUAUGAAUGAUGGCAAGUCUGAUACUGGGACCAUUUUCAAGGACCUUAAGGGUGGUUUCUACGAUGCUGGAGAUGCCAUCAAGUUCAACUUUCCUAAAUCGUUUGCAAUCACCAUGUUGAGUUGGAGUGUGAUUGAAUAUAGUGCCAAGUAUGAGGCUGCAGGAGAACUCAAUCAUGUCAAGGAGAUUAUUAAGUGGGGGACUGAUUACUUUCUCAAGACCUUUAAUUCUUCAGCUGAUUCUAUUAAUCAGCUUGUGGCACAGGUUGGGUCAGGUGAUACUUCUGGUGGGAGCACUACUCCUAAUGAUCAUUACUGCUGGAUGCGUCCAGAGGACAUUGAUUAUGACCGAAAAGUAACAACGUGUAGCACUUGCUCGGACCUUGCUGCUGAAAUGUCUGCUGCUUUGGCUUCAGCUUCUAUUGUUUUCAAGGAUAACAAAGCAUACUCUCAGAAACUUGUGCAUGGUGCUAAAACGUUGUACAAGUUUGCAAGAGAGCAAAGAGGCAGAUACAGUGAAGGAAAUGAGGCUGCUACUUUCUAUAAUUCUACUAUGUACUGGGAUGAAUUUGUUUGGGGUGGAGCAUGGUUAUAUUAUGCUACUGGAAAUAAUUCCUAUCUUACCAUUGCAACUCAUCCUAAAAUGGCCAAGCAUGCUGGUGCAUUCUGGGGAGGCCCAGAUUAUGGUGUGCUAAGCUGGGACAACAAGCUCGCUGGAGCUCAAGUGCUUCUUAGUCGUCUAUUUCUGUUCUUGAGCCCUGGUUAUCCUUAUGAAGAAAUACUCUCGGCUUUCCACAAUCAGACUAACAUAAUUAUGUGCUCCUACUUGCCAUAUUUCAAUAGCUUUAAUAGAACAAAAGGAGGUUUGAUCCAAUUAACCCAUGGAAGACCUCAACCUCUUCAGUAUGUAGUAAAUGCUGCAUUUUUGGCUACCCUUUACAGUGAUUAUCUUGAGGCUUCUGAUACACCUGGGUGGACAUGUGGUCCUAAUUUCUACUCUACAGAUGUCUUGCGUCAAUUUGCACGCACACAGAUUGAUUACAUUCUUGGCAAAAAUCCUCGAAAAAUGAGCUAUCUGGUGGGUUUUGGUAAACACUUUCCAAAGCACGUACACCACAGAGGUGCAUCUAUACCGAAGAACAAAAUAAAGUACAGCUGCAAAGGUGGUUGGAAGUGGAGGGACACUAAGAAGGGAAACCCGAACACCAUAAUAGGAGCCAUGGUUGCAGGCCCUGACAGCCGCGAUGGGUUCCGUGAUGUCCGUACAAAUUACAAUUACACGGAACCCACACUUGCAGGGAAUGCAGGUUUAGUUGCUGCUCUUGUUGCCUUAUCUGGUGAUAAGGGUGUUGGAAUAGAUAAGAACACCAUGUUCUCAGCAGUACCACCUCUGUUCCCGAAUCCUCCACCUCCUCCCGCACCAUGGAAACCUUAAAGAGUCUGCAUGCACAUUAUCAUGUAGUUGUAUGAUUUUACGGAGGAUCCCUUGGUUCGGGUUCUUCAAGACUACUGGAACGAGUAUGAAAUACUAAAGGAAACACCUGAAAUGCAGAUCCUUGUGCUAGAUAGAACAAAUCGUACUUUUAACACGCUCGAAGAUGUUGGUUACGGAGUGGGAUGACUUAGGCUUUUUUGAGAGUUUUUCUUUUUUGAUGUUGUUAUACUUCCGUGUAUAUGUACCAUAUAUUCGUUUAAUAUGUAUUCUUUUGUAUACCCAAAUACUCAACAAUGUCAAGCUCAUAAAAUCUUCAUCGCUAUCAAUUGAAUGUAAUCCGUAAUUCUUUGGCCCCUCUGA